AUGAAGCUCACAAAAUUGAGAAAUCAUUUGAAGGAUAACCCCACGUUGAAGCUAGUGGACGAAAAUGGUCAGGAUAUGGAUGAUAUUUCGACAGCUAAAACUUUGAUAUUAGGUGCGGAAACCUUUCCACUCGACUCAGACACUGAUUUUAAACUAGAAGAUAAAGAAAUACCUCUUAGGGUUGUUGUACAUUGCUGGCUACAUAAGGAUUCCAGUGCGAGUGAAUAUUUAGCUGAUUGUCAAGCUAAACAGCUGACGAACGUAUCAUUUUUACAGAGAAAUGAUCUAGUUCAAUGGUUAUCUGGACAAGCUCAAGUUUCCCAGUAUAUUGCGAUUGAUAGUGACUCAAAGGCUGCGGAGGUAGCUGAAGAACGUAUGCCUUCGAAGUAUGCAGAAGAUAGCGGUUUGCAGGAGAUCCUGUCUCACGAAAGAGUGCUUAUGGACCAUAACUCAUCUUUGAGAGGUACCAAACCACGGAACUUUGCUUACCUCAUAAAAGAGGCAGAACUAAAAAUGGUACACCAGCUAAAGAAUUCGCGGCGUCCAGAGGCAAACGCAGGGGUGUCAAAGGCGCCUACUGGUCCAAAGCAUGCAGCCGUUAAUGAUCCGAUUAUCUUGAUCCCAUCGGCAGCCUCUUCGAUAUUUACGAUCGCCAAUAUCAAGCAAUUCCUCGAGGAAUCUCAAUACUUGCACCCUAAGGAACUCCCAACUGUUCAGAAUGACUUAACUACAGUUGUCAAGAAGUUUGACCGCAUUUCCCGGCCAAUUAAAUUUUUGAUUGUUAACAAUACUCGUUUAUUCACAAAACCGGAGUACUGGAACCGAGUGGUGGGUAUCUUUACAACCGGCCACGAAUGGCAGUUUAAUAACUAUCAGUGGUCCAACCCUGCAGACCUCUUCCAGAGGUGCAGAGGCUAUUAUUUUCAUUUUGCCGGAGAUGUUAUUCCUAAGAAUGUCAACCAGUGGAAUGUACAGAAAAUUGAACUGGAUAAAAGCAAGAGAUACAAAGACGUAGAGGUGCUUCGCUUCUUUUGGGACACUAUGGAGAAAGAGCUGCUGAGUCGCGGCUAUCGCUGA